AUGCCGGGUGAGAAUCCGACACCGGUAGCUCCAACGUACAAUCAGUUGUUUGAAGCGGUCCACGCGUUAACCGAAAGGUUACAAGCGCUCGAGACUACCACCUCCACACAACACGCUCUGUCUCAACAGCCUCCUAUACAGAACGCCGUCCCUUCCGCUGCUUCCUCAAUCGACUAUAGCAUACUCCCGGAUGUGGGAACGUCCAUCUGGUCGUUCACCGGACACGAGUCGAGCAGCCAAGCGGAAGAUUGGAUCAACCCUGUCGACGGGAUGGCUCAGAGGUUCAAAACCACGUUCGUGCGCACGGUGCGCAAUGCCGAUCUGUGGCGUGACCUCGAGGCCCGAAUUCAAGAGCCGAACGAGCCCACCAUCGACUAUUUCUAUGUGAAACUCGGGUUGUGCCACUCGCUCGACCUGACGUUUGCCGAUACGCGGGAAUACGUCAUCGAGGGACUGAGGUCGCAAGCCCUCACCGACUGGGUCUACGAUCGCACUCACUCCAACCGCGACGAUCUCUUAUCGGAUAUUCGAGAUUGGGAGCGGAUGCGCCCCAAGAGGAGGGAAAAAUUCGAGCCCGCCGGGUCGACGUCUACCAAACCACGUAAACCGAAGUUUACCACCGAACAGCCGAGUGCAAAAUCGACUAGCGUUGCUCCGGCUGUUCCGCCGAAAACGACGUCCAGCACGGUCGCUGGGCCGUUGACGUCCGAACCUGAACCGAAAACGGACGCGUCGAGGGACCGUCCGACGAUUUACUGUUAUAAUUGUCGUGGCAAGGGACACAUCAGUAGGGAUUGCCCGAAACCGCGACGACCGAUGAAGUGCUCUAACUGCAACUCCAACCAGCACACUCGCGGGCGAUGCCCGGAGGUCUUUGAACGGUCUGAGAGCAAAUCUGCCGCCGACCAUGCGUACCGUGUCGACGCAACCACAAGUUUGAGGCCUAAAAAUCCGUUUUCGAAAACGGUGUUGGUAAACGGGCACGCCGUGUCCGGCCUGAUCGACUUGGUCAGCUCCGUGGUGAUGAUACGCUCAUCGAUAGCCCGCGAGUGCGGUAUCGCCGUACGAGACGCCGUGUGUCCACUGUACACGGUAGGAAAUGCCGAUCAACCUAGCGCGACGACAAUUGGUGAGGGCUCCGCCGACGUCACCAUCGACGACGUGCUAGGGGCUGAACAUAUGCUGAAGGUUGUAAUAACGCGAUACCGGUGGACGUGUUGCUGUGUGUCGGUUGACGCACUCGCCGAGACGUAUAUUGCCGACGAUGACAAAAUUAACGUCGCACAAAACGAACAGCAGUCGCUUGCGAAGGAACCUAUCACCGUCGACGACGUUGUGUUCGACGCCAACGUGACGGAGGUUCAGCGUGAAUCGUUAAUCGAGAUUUUAAACGAAUAUCGCGACGCCUUCGCGAAAAAUAUUAAGGAGCUCGGCUGUACUAAUGUAAUUUCGAUGGACAUUACGGAAAUUCAUGAUAGUGCUCCGGUUAAUCUCAAACCAUAUCGAACGUCGCCAUCCGACCGCCGCUUGAUCGCCGAUACGAUUCGAGACUGGAAGGAAGCAGGCAUCGUGAGCGACUCGACCUCUCAAUACGCCAGCCCAGUGCUCCUCGUCAGCAAGUCGUCGGGUGAGAAAUGA